AUGGAUGAUUUUAAAAAUCUAUUGAUUUUUUUAAUUUUUUUGUUUUUUAGAUUAAAUAAUGGACAAAUAACACCCUUAACUCCAACAAAUUCAAUUACCAUUACUCCUUUAAAUGAUUUUAGAUUUUCACAAUUCCCAAUAAUUUCAAGUUUAGGAGAGUGUUCAACCAUUACUGGCAAAUUUUUGGUUGUUGAUGAUAAUGCCAAUAAUGAGAUAACCAAAAUUUCAAUAAUUCAAGAUAAAAUUGGUUCUCAAUCAUUAACAAAAGAAGGAAAUCAUUAUUUAUUUUCAUUUUGGCUUUCUUUAAAUUUCACUGUUUCACCACUCCAAAUGAAUAUCACAAUAUCUUCAAAUUCAACCUCUGAUGUAGUUUAUAGUUACACGCAAUCUUGUGUUGAAUUGGAAAAUCCAAUAACUAUUUUAGCAGAAAGUGUUUUUAUAACAAAGUUUAAAUUAAAAAAUUAUUCAAAUGGUUCAACAUUAUUAGUAUUUAAUAAUGGUUUUGGCUCUUUUACUGCAUUAGAUGAUGGUACCUAUUUAAUUGUAUGGGAUGGAAAAUAUGUUUCAAGUAAAACAAACCUGUAUGAUGAUUGGAGUUUUGAUAUUUUAUUUUAUAAAAAAAAUAAAACAUUCACAGUUCCAUCAUAUUUUAGUUUUGAUAAACAACUAUAUGCCCCAACAUAUAAUAAAACAUAUUAUCCUAAUGAUAUUAUGGAUAUUGGUUCAAAUUAUACAGAAUUUGGACAGGACUAUCCUCCAGUUUUAACAAAUAAUGUAAAAACUAAUAUUCCACAUCCAUUUUCAGGUGUAUCAGAUUUAAGUUAUUUUUAUUUGCAAAAACCUUUAAAAGGCAAGAUAGGUAAUAUGACAUAUUUAAAUUUACUCCUUUGCUCAACUAAAUAUAAUUCCGGUGAUCCAUUGAAUUUUGUUUAUUAUGAUCAAUACCAAAAUCAAACUUCUAAAACUCCAUUUGUCACAAAGAUAUACAAAUUCAAUGUUCAAAACUUGGGUAACAUAAUGCUUUCAAAUACAACAUCAAAAUCACCAAUAAUUGAAUUAUUUACAGUAUCAUUUAAAAAUGUAGUUGAUUAUAAAUUUACAAUUUAUCAAUAUACUUAUGACUAUAAAAAAUUUUUUAAGACUUGGCCGUAUGGUUUCAUCAAAGGUUCAAAUUCGGAUUACACACACAAAACUUCAAUUCAAUCAAAUAUGAAAAGAUUAUCAUCUUACAUAACAACAAAUUACACUAUUCAAACAUUUUCUCAGUCUGAUGGAGCUACAAUUGCUGUACCAAAAAGCACAAUACCAGGUUUAAAAGCUCCAACCGUUGUAUCAUAUAGAUUUUAUGAAACAUAUACAGGGUUUUUUAUUUUAUCGGUUGAUUUUUUGUCAGAAAAUGGUCUUGAAAACGCUUAUUCUUCUUCUUUAGACAUAAACCCGGGGCUAUUAAAUUUAGUUAGUGGAUCAAUUUAUAAUGGUACUUUGGAUUUUAUUUUUGCAAUUAAUGAAAGUCCAAAAGUUACUCUAAACGAUAUUUAUGAUAAUACUUUUUUUUUAAAUGAAUUUGACCUCUUAUCAAUUAACCCACUUUCUCAAUUUAAAUAUCCACAUCAGCUUUAUUAUAAUUUUAAUAUUUCAAAUUUUUAUAAUAUUAGUUUUUCAGCCAAUAAUUUAAACCUUGAAAAAGAUAAUUACAUUACAGUGUAUUUAUGUAAUAAAGAUCUACCAACUGAUACCACUUUUAUUUUUUAUAAUGUCGACGAUUCAAGUUAUACAGCACCACAACUUAUUUCAAAAACCCCAUCAACGUCAUUGAUUUAUAAUUCAACAUUGGGUUGUUUCACUUCAAGAUUAAUUAUUCAAAAGAAUUCUAUUUUCUUUGAAGUUUUAGGAAUAUUUUAUUCAGGUCAAUUAUCAUUUUUUUAUUCUUCUAUGUUACCAAAAUCUUCAAGGUUAUUUAUUAAAAAAUCAGAACUUGAUGCUCAAGGUCCAAUUUUUAGUUUUAUUAAAAAGAUUAAUGAUAAAGUUGAUGUUAGUUCAAAUUCCGUAAUUGUUGGUUGGAAUUUUACAAUCUCUGAUGAAGGUAAUGGAUUUAGCCAUGGUUAUAUAAAGAUAAUGGGAUCAGUAGAUAGUUCAACAUAUCAUUACAACUUUACUAUUGAUGAUAUUGUAGAAGGUGAUAAGUUUAAUGGUAUAUACCAAUUUGUAAUUAGUGUUUCAACACCUUGUGUUUCUCAAGAAUAUUCAAUAACCAAUGUAGAAUUAUAUGACACUAAUAAUGUUAUUUCAAUUUUUGAAUUAUAUACAUCAAAAACUUUUUCUGCAUAUUAUUCCAAUCCUUUCAUUAAUUUCUAUCAAAGUGGUAUUGAUAUUACCAAAGUAUCAUUCACUUGUACACCAUCAAUAUUAGAUACAACCGAUCCGAUAUUAAAAUCAUUCACAGUUUCAAAAGAUUCAAUUGAUGUUGGUUCAAAUGAUAGAUCAAUAAUUUUUAAUUUUGAAAUUGAAACAAAUUCAACAGGUACAGGUUUAAAAAUUGAUCAACUUCCAAUUGUUUAUAUUCUUUCCAAAAAAAUGAAACUACUUGAAUGCAAAUCAACUUUAUUAUCAAACAAUGUCACAAAUUAUAUUUAUAAAUGCCAGAUUGAAUUACCAGUUUCUUUUGGACACCCAUAUCCAAUUUCUUAUUCACUCUAUGGAAUUGUUAAUAAUGGUGGUAAUUUCAAUGGUUUUACAACAGAGGAUUUGAAACUUAAUGGUUUUCCAUAUUAUUCGAAUACAACAUUUUCUACAGAUAUACCAGUGGUUAUGUCAAAUCAUGUUAUUUAUUCAGAUAUUGGAGGUGACUUAUUUUUACGAGGCAGAGGUUUUUCAAAUUCAAAAAAUGUGGAAAUCACCUAUAGUCAAGUUGGAUUAACAUCUCAAAAUUUAGUUCCUACAAUUAUUAGUCAUUCUAUAAUUAAAGUAACUGGUAUUAAGCCAACAUCAGAAUCAAUAUUGGUUAAAGUUGAAACUGAAAAUUAUUUUUCCAAUUCAUAUACAGUUUAUCCAAUAUUUUUUAAUGAAACAAUUCCAGAACCACCAGAGACACCAACUCCAACACAAACACAAACACAAACACAAACACCAACACCAACACAAAUACCAACAGCAUCACCAUUACCUACAAAUCCACCACAAGAAUGCAAGGGCUCAUGCGGAGGCAUUAAUAAAGGAUAUUGUUCACCAACUGGAUGUAUUUGUUAUUCACCAUGGGUUGGAGAAACAUGCUCAUCUCAAGUUAUUAUUGUACCACCACCAAAACCAGAUACAGGUUUCCCAACCACACAAUUCCCAGAUAGUAUUAAUUCAAACUCUAAUAGUAGUGCAAGUGAUAGUGGAAACACAUCAGAAGAAAAUAAUAGACCAAUUACAUUUAAUUCACUAAUUUCAAUUGUAUCAUUAAGAGAAAUCGAUUAUAAAGGUGAAGUUGUUGUUGAACAUAAAUUUGAAAAAUGGUACUUUACACCAAUUACAGAAUUAAAAAGUCAAUAUAUUACAACCAUUAAUAAUAAUAAUACAAAUGUUACUGCCACUUUAGAAUGGUUUAAUAAAAGUACAACCAUUCAAUUUGCAAAUGAGAAUUUAGAAAUGAAUCCAUCAACUAUUAAAUACUCUAUAGAAAUAUCCCAGUAUAAUUUUAAACAAAAUUUAAACAAUCUUCAAUUAAUAAUGUUUGCUUCAUUUGAUGCUUCAGAUCCACCAAAAGAUAUUUGUUCUUCAAAACAAUUUGGUAAUACAUCGACUGGUGAUAAUUCAAAUUAUAUAAAGAUUCAAAUUGAUAAUCAUUCACUAUAUGGUAGAUUCAUAAAAAGAGCAAUAAUCGAUGAUAAAGUUUACUCAAUUGAAAAUCAAUUAUUAGAUUCUUCUUUAAAUUCAAUUUCAAAUUCAUCUUCUGUACAAUCAUAUAUUGGUAUUACUAUACCAUUUUAUAAGAAUUAUGUAGUUGUUGAUCCUGAUUUUAGUGUUUUAGUUGAUAGUAAUUCAGUAAGUUCUUCUUCUACUAAUUCCAUGUGUAAUUCUUCUUCAUCUGGUCUAUCAAAAUCCCAAUUGAUCGGAAUUAUUAUUGGUUCAUCUUGUUUUGCUAUUGCAAUUGUCGUUGGUCUUAUUUACCUUGCAAGAAAACGUCAUGUACAAAAAUUAUUUCUUGAAAAAUAUUCAAGCAGAAUGAAGAGUAAAUAA